AUGUUUGUCAGUGGGAUCGUGCUUCCUUGGGAAAUUCCACCGUUUCCCCUUUCAAUUAUGUUCACUUUUGCUGCCUUCUGCUACAUGCUGUCUCUGGUCCUCUGCGUGUCCCUGAUCUUCUUCGCAAUAUGGCACAUAACAGCUUUUGAUGAGCUCCAGGCUGACUUCAAGGUGCCUAUCGAUCAGGGCAACCCACUCCAUGCGAGGGAGAGACUGCGGAACAUCGAGAGGAUCUGCAACCUGCUGAGGAAGUUGGUGCUGCCAGAAUACUCCAUCCAUGGACUGUUCUGCAUUAUGUUCCUGUGUGCACAAGAGUGGCUGACUGUGGGCCUCAACAUCCCUCUGCUCUUCUACAACACGUGGAGGUACUUCCAUUCCCCAACGGACACUAAGGAGCUGCUCUACGACCCGGCAUCCGUGAUGAACGGCGACACGCUCAAGUUCUGCCGGAAGGAGGCCUGGUGCAAGCUGUCCUUCUUCGUCCUUUCCUUCUUCUACUAUCUCUACUGUGUGUGGAACCUGGAAAUAUCCCUCUAAUAGGUCUUAUCAAUGGAAACACUUAAAGUAUGAUCUACUCCUUGGUUACCUCAUAACAACUGAUUUAUCAGCAAACCGGGGAGAACUAGAAACGCCUCUGGAUACAUUUUGUACCACAGACUGCCAGUGUAGAAAUAUAAGACAAGAAUUUUUAAAGUAAAGAAGUUUUUUUUUUUUUUUGCUCUGAAGCCAAACAUUGAACUAAACUGGGGGGUGGAAGCUUCUUUUCUGCUUCGUUCCCCUGCAAGAAGAAGGGAAAUAUUUUAUCCUCGACUGUAUAUAAGAACUGAAGACUAAAUCUACUGUUUACAGUUUGACUAAGACCCGAAUUUAAUCACUGCCUGGCCAACGUUUGUACCACACACACACACACACACACACACACACACACACACACACACACACACACACACACACCGCACACACUCACACGCACGUUUGAAACACACAUCCACAGCCUCCUCUGCAGUGCUGCUGUUCCUGCCGUACGGUAGCGGUGGCGUCCGGCAGCCCAGAGGAUGAAGAGCACAGUAGCGUUUGCACAGUUUGUCUCAGGCACAGCGCGGUGAAGCACUGUCACAGCACAGCACAGCUACACCGAACCCCCUCAGCCACUCCUCGAUGCCUCACCAACCGUAGCCGGUGAGUCCGGAGGGACGGGUGGACGAGUGGACAGACGGAUCACACUGUACAGAAAAGAGAAACCGAGCUCUGGGAGGGAAAAUUGAAGAGUUUCUCGACAUUUCCCCCCCUACACCUGAAAACACACACAGUCCAUGGUCUGUGGGAUUUCCUUUCUAACAUUAUGUGAAUGACUUUUGUGACGUGCAUUUUGGUGUAUUCUUUAAAGCAAAAGGCAUUUCUAAUUGAUCUACAGCAAAAGGUGUUCUAAACAGCAAAUGCCUUCUCAGUGUUGUCCUAGUGUUGUUCUAUUGUGGGAAAAUUUUCUAAAAACUCCAACAAAAAACCUGUCCAAGUUUUUAUAGUAGAGGAGCACACAUUCUUUGCACAAAUAGUGUCUUUUAUCUUGCACAAUAUUCGCAAUAUUUGGCUAUAUUAUAUAUUAGAGAUAAUUUAUGACAGUUUAGCCACAGAGGUGAAGGUCUUCCAGUAUAUAAAGAACUUACUCAGCCCUGUUCGAGGAUUGGGGGGGAACAAUGUGAAUCUUUUCUAGCUCUCUUUACACCACGGACCAAAACGUUGUCUUUUCACUAUUUAAAUUAAUUUAUUUAUGUCUAUCCGUGAGAUACCGAUGGCUCGCUUCCAUGCUUUAUCUUGAACAUUCUUUUCCGACGAAACCACACCAGGAGUGAGGCGUUAACAAAGCAGGAGAUGGGGAAGGUGCCUCGCAUCAACCUGUUCUUCUUUUAUUUGAAUUAAAGCAACUGUAGCAACUACUAUCAGAGCAAGUGUAAGAAGACGAUUCCCAGAGAGAAAGUUCCAGAUUAUCAUCCAUGCAGCUUAGGUGAACUCACAGUCUUAAACAGGGCAGGUGCUUGAACCUGCAUCUUCCAUGUGUAGCACAGUUUUCUAAGCGAUGGGCCACUCUUCAAACCUUCACCACCAUCAUCAACACUCCCAACUGAGCUUCAAUUGAUAAGCCGCAGCGCCAGGAGCAGAUAGGAAUACCCCGUUCUUGUUGUUUUCUCUUCUUCUAACUUGAGCAUUUUCUAUCCUUACUGUGUAUGUAUGUGACCAACCAAGUUGAAUUUAGAUAUUGUUUAUGAAAUAAAGUAUUUUAAAGUCUAAA